AUGGUUGAUAGAUUAUGUAAAUUAUUUGAUGAUGGAAAUUCUGCUCAACUCACUUUGUUUGCUGACAAUGAUCUGAUCACCUUUAAUGAUGCUGUGUUUGUAGAUCAACCUCUAAGAUAUGUACAGAAGGGAAAAGAACAGAAGAAACAUAAGAGUAGAGUAAGGAUUCAAACAGUCGACGAUAAUGGCUAUCCCGUGGUUAAUGUAAAUGUCACCAUUGAGCAAAAUCCUGCAUCAAGACUACCAAUUGGUUGUGCUACAAGCAAGCUCAUCCUGGAAAACGAAAAGUAUAAGCAAUGGUUCACUUCAAGUUUUGGCUUAACAACAUUUGCAAAUGAAAUGAAGUGGUACAACACUGAACCGUCCCCUGAUAUAGAGAAUUAUUCAGUACCUGAUUCCAUGCUUCAAUUAAUGAAACAAAACAAGAUUUUAGUUCAUGGUCACAACAUAUUCACCGAUGAUCCGAAAUACCUACCCAGUUGGUUCUCAUGGACAGCAAAGAAUCUUCGAGAUCAGGCAUCAACUCCCUCUAAAUACAUUAAAAAGCUGAAAGAGAUCCAAAGCUAUAUUGGAAAAGGUUCGGGAAUGGCUAUUGGGCUCCAGUCUCAUUUUGAUGUUCCCAAUCUCCCUUACAUGAGAGCUGCAAUUGAUACUCUUGCUUUAGCUGGCGUUCCCAUUUGGCUCACAGAAUUGGAUGUUCCAAGUGGCAUCAACCAGGCAGAAUACCUGGAGCAGAUUUUAAAGGAGGCGCAUAGUCACCCUAAUGUGGAGGGAAUUAUACUUUGGGCUCCAUGGUCGCUGGAAUGCUACGGUGGUAUGUGUUUAACUGAUAGAGAUUUCAACAACUUGCCGACUGGGGACGCUGUGGACAGACUGUUUUGUGACUAUUGGAGCUCCAAAAAGUUGGAAGGUAAAACAGACAAGAAUGGGAAUUUUGAGACCUCCAUUUUCCAUGGAGAUUACAAGCCAAAGCCUGGGAGAUAUGGCAGUUUCAAAGGCAGGUCGCCUGGUGGAAAACUUGACAAUGGUAUGAUGGAGCUUCGUCGUACUGCUUCUGCUGUUAUGUGA